UCUGUUUCAUUACAGUCAGGAAGAGGCCGUUAAGAUAGAGGAUGAGCUGCUAACAGAAUAUGCUUUCAAUGUUCCACAACUAUUAGAGUUGGCAGGAUAUAGCUGUGCUGUGGCCAUUACACAGGUGUAUCCUUUAGAUAAAAUGAGCAGAGAUAAUGGUGCCAUACUCGUCUGCUGCGGCCCAGACAACAAUGGAGGACAUGGACUUGUCUGUGCACGACACCUUAAACAUUUUGGGUACAAACCAUCCAUUUUCUACCCUAAAACUUCAAAUCAACAAAUCUUUGAAAACCUGAGACUGCAAUGUGAGAGAAUGGAUAUGCCAUUCCUCUCAUUCUUUCCCAGUGAACCACAUCUGAUAGACUCAGCUUAUAAUCUUGUGGUUGAUGCUAUCUAUGGUAGCUGUCACAAAGAGCGAAUCACUGGAGACUUUGCUUCUGUACUAGAGACACUGAAAAAGAUUGAAAAUCCUCUCGUAAGUUUGGACAUUCCUUCAGGUUGGGACAUUGAAAACGGCUGCUCGGAUGGACUACAGCCAUCAAUGUUAAUUUCCUUGACUUGCCCGAAGUUAUGUGCCCGUCACUUCCAAGGCCAGCAUCACUACCUGGGAGGUCGGUACAUACCACGUACCCUGGAACUCCGAUACGAGCUAAACCUACCCCAGUAUGCCGGCAUUGAUUGUACAGUGGAGCUGAAGACACAGCAUCAGUCAACUACCCACAAUACUAGCGCAACCACUACCACUACUACUACUACUACUACUACUACUACUACUACUACUACUGGAAGAAUUGUUAAAGCAGUGAGAAAAAUAUGACUAAAUACUUUGUGAAAUGUAGUCACAAAACAUAUUUUCAGUCCAAAUCUUGACAAGGUCAUUCUCAUUUUUCUCUUUUUUUUUAUCCUUCUGGGGUUGAUGAAAUGAAGUACCCCUAAAGUCAGGUGCUUGGUUGAUUUAUUCUGCUGUUACUGUCCCCAACAAUAUUUUGCCUUGUGUCCUUGUUAGAAAUCUUAAUAAUCAUCAUCCUCAUCAUCAUCAUUGUCGUCGUCAUCAUCAUCAUCAUCGUUGUUGUCCUCAUAAAUAUAAGGGGAUUAAUAUUCGUUGUUUUUUUUUUUGUUGUUUUGUUUUCUGCUGACAUAUUUUAGCUGCAAAGCUUGCCGCUUCAUAUACAAAGUUGGGGUGUAAGAGGCAGGGUAGUUUGGAACCCUUCGUUCUGUUAUUCAAUGCCACAUGUUAUUCUUUUAUUACACUACAAAGUGUGUUUGUGUAUGUAUAUGUAUGUGUGUGUGUGUAUAUAUAUAUAUAUAUAUACACACAUAUAUAAACAUUCAUAUCGUAUAUAUAUACAUA